UCACAGUGUUAAAAAGCUUGACAGUUCAUUCCAGUAUAUUUUCUCUUUUGAAGUAACAAAAAUCAUUGAAAUUCAUUCGUUUGGCUCAUUUUUCAUUGAAAUUUCGCGAAUUUAAAAAUGCCUAAAACUUCCCAAAGUAAGAAGGCCAAAGGUAAGGCAGUCAAAAGUGACUUGCCAAAGCGUUCAUCGGGUAAGAAGUUUCAGUUACAGUGGUACGAUGAAUACCCGGAAUGGAGAAAUUGGGUAAGACCAAUUAAAAACGACAAUUUGUUCUAUUGUCGCGCUUGCAAAAAACCAUUUUCUUGCAGUAAAUCAAAUAUUGAAUGUCACGAAAAAACUAAAGUACACGCAAAAGCAUUUAGCUUGCUGAAAUUUGACGAAGCACGCAUUCUGUCGCAAACAGCUUCAGGUAAAUUUCUCACUCGAUCUGGCAGCACUGUUGAAGUUGAAGACUAUUCAGUGUUAAACAUGGCGGACCGCAAACCCGAGGAAAUCGUAACCGAGUGUUCUCCCGAGAAAAAAGUUAAAUCCGAGCUAGAAAAAUGCGAAAACGACGUCAGUGUUCACAAGAGUGCAAUAAGUCUGUCGAACUUUCAAAUGAAACGACUUCUGAAUGUAAAUAGUGCAAGAAAGCAGGUUUUCGUUGAAGGGAACUUUGCCGGCCACGACAGUUCGGCGAUUGUUAUCCUCGAGAAGAAGAGCUUUCCGGUCGAAGAAAUAUUCCUCAACAGAGGCUUUUUCAACGAGGGAACCAUCAUUCGAAAGAAUUAUCGAAACGGGAUUUAUGGAAAUUACGAGUGUUUCCCAACGCGGGAAUAUAACGGUAUAAAUGCGACUGUAAUUCAUCCCGCUUCUCAAUCACACCUGGACAAGUAUUCGGUGAAAGAACUUCAUCUUGUGGAGGAAACCUACGAGACCUACAAAAAUAUUACUCUUCCUCACAUAGAGUCUCAACAAUUUUCCUUAGAGUGGGUUGAUAAUAUUCUGGCACACAGAGCGGAAGCCGACAGAAUAAUUUACGAGGAUAAGAAUAAAGAAACGGGAUUUUUGAUGCUACCUGACCUAAAAUGGGAUGGGAAUCCGGAAUCUUUGACUGUUUUGGCAUUGGCUAUUAAGAGAAUUAAGUCGAUCAGAGAGUUGAAUGCUUCUCACUUGCCUUUACUAAAAAACAUCCAAAAGGCCGGGAUUGAGACGAUUUUGAAGAAAUACAACGUCCCAGCAUCUCGCCUCCGAAUUUACUUGCAUUAUCGACCUUCUUAUUACCAUCUUCAUGUCCAUUUUACAUAUCUCAUGUUCGAAAGUCAAGGUACAUUUGUCGAAAAGGCCCAUUUGCUUUCGACGGUGAUCCAGAAUAUAGAACUGAUGCCAGAUUACUACCAAAAAGCGAGUUUGUCUUUCGCUGUCGCGGAAAACGAUCCACUCUAUAAAAAAUAUCAAGAACACGGUUUGCUGCCUUCGGAAACUAGUUCUUCCGCCGAAACUAGUUAAAUUAGACAUGAAUUUCAACAUAUAUUUUGACUGAAGUACACUUUUUAUACGAAUCAAUGUAUCACAAUUUAUCGUUUUACGGUCUAUGGACAAAUGAAGAGAAACAAAAAACAAAAAAGAAAAAAAGAAAGAAAGAAAGAGUGUGUAAGUGGAAAUUUAUGUAUCGUGAUUUUAAUCCUGUGACACAAAAAAACAUGCAUCCUACUUUUGCAUUGAUUUUUCCCAUCAGCUUAGUGUAUCAUGUAUUUAUUCUCUGAAAUUAAAACUGCUUCAGCAUAUCACAGUUA